AGAGGGCCUUCUGGAGCUGGUGGGGGUCGCUGGCACAGAGACGUGCCCUUCCAGUCUGUACAGGCGGUCUUCCAGAAGUUUGAGGAGCUGGCGGUGUCAGAUUCUGACUCAGGGCUGGUGUCCAGUUUUGGGUCGUCCUGCUCCACACUGGCCUCAUUGGCCGAAGCAGGCCCAGGUCUACGCUUCAGCCUCAGCCAAGGAGCAACUCGCCAUCCUGGACAAGAGGGGAAGGAGGCUGGGGCAGAGUAACAUGUGAAGGACAGAUUAUUGUACAAUGAUGGGCCUCUACCCUGCUGGUGAUAGGAGCAAACUACUACCACGUCACAUUACAAAUAGGUUUUUAUAAGGUUGGUGAUGACACUGUGUGACAAAUUUGGGAUAAACUUGUGAGAUGGAAGGGCCAUUCUUCUGCUUUAUGAUGGGAGAAAACCAUUUGGGAUGAGUUUGAUCUUUGGAUGACUAUUUCCAUGACUAAUUUCUAAUCUGUGACUUUCUCAUCAGUGUGAUUGUGAACCAGUAGUUUACUUUCUCCCCAGGACGGUGGACUUCCUCUCAGCUACACUACCCCCAGAGGUUUGGGGCUGGGCCAGGGCUGUCUGUAGGAGGAGGGUUUCUCACUGGGGGUCCCACACUCUGGUGUGGGGGAUGAUGGUAGGGCAGUAGGGUUGAUACGGAUGGUGGUGGUGGUGGUGGCGGUGUGUGUGUGAGGAUGUGAGGUGUAGGAGUCAGUGGCGGUGACACUACCAGUGUUGACUCUGGGUCACAAAGACAGGUGGUAAAGUACAUUUAUCCCGUUGUGUGUGUGUGUGUGUGUGUGUGUGUGUGUGUGUGUGUGUGUGUGUGUGUGUGUGUGUGUGUGUGUGUGUGUGUGUCCCUCUGCCCCAUCUUGCCUCUCCAUGAUCUCUCUGUUUUCGCUUUUUCUGCUUUUUUAUGUUCUGGAAAGGAUUUGGUCAGACCACCCAAGCUGUAAAUCAGCUGUAAAUCACAUCGUUAAAAAAAAUCCACCAAAUUAAAACAACCAUCAAUCACAGGCAUCACGGGAAGAGCCGUUUGUACCUGUGGAGAGGAGAAAACAAGAUGUCCACCGAGUAGUUGUUGGGCUGGGCCAAUAAUUUAAUUCAUUGACGUGCUACUUGUCACGCAUCUUUAGGGAACAUAAUUACGCACAAAAGACUGCGUCAAUAUCAGUGGAAUAAUUCGGAAGAGACGGUUGGUCUGUGAGUCAAAUGCGCUGUUACACUGUCGCCCCCCGAAACACUAAUCUUGAUGACUGUGUUGAUGUGUAAUGGUCGAGGUAUUUACCGCAGGAGUAAAAAUGUGUGUACUGCGGCCAGUUAUCACUGGGUUCUCGACUCUUGAGAACUAUCAACUUUCCAAAGCAGCUUAAAAUAAAGUGUGGAAGUAAUUUCACUCUUAUAAACAAAAUUAGAAGGGGGGUAAUGCAGAAUUCAAAGGCGCUCAGUAAUGAGGUGUCUGUCGGGGGUGAUUCAAGCCUGGUGUUUGCUUAUCGAGGGGGGAGCAGAUCUGUAAGCAACUCGGGAACAGCUGUAGAGAAGAACAGACCCACAUAGACCCUGAACGUUACGUACAGUACUGUAGGUGUCAGUGAGUUAUUCUUCUGGCGCCAAAGUGUAGGCCGAGUAGUAUAACGGACCCAACGGUCUGGUAACAUUAGAGAAUCAAGUCUAGGCCUAAACUACUAUAUAAUAUCAGAUACAUACAGUAGGCUGCUACAGUGGCGACUUGGAGUGACGCAAUUAUACAAGCCUAAAGUGAGAGAUAUCACAGUUGGAUCCGAGGUGUCAAAGACAAGUGGUGUUGUGUCCCCCUCCUCACCACGUUUCCAUGCCAACUGUGUUUGGAGAUGGCUUCUGGUCGCUAAUUGCAUGGAGGGCAAUAAUUCGACUCACACUCUCCAUCUAGGGAACCCUCGAAAAUGUAUUGUGAGAAAAAGACAACCAGGAGCACCAAUUUAAUUCGCACCCCCGUCCACUUUCAUUUAGCCGUUUCGGCAGUGUUUGCGUAUUGAUUCCCGAGCGUUCAUACAUGAAUAAACAUGAAUUCUAACCAGACCGCCAUUUAAAUUUUGAGUGGCUAUUCUCUACUUUCCAUUGCUAGGAGUAACACAAUAAUUAGCCUAACAACACCAAGUCAUGUAGGCCUGGUUAGCCUUAUUACCAUCAUUAUCAGCAUAACAGUAGCUAUAAAUACAUAAUCACUUACCGUUUUGUUGUUCUGUCAGUUGCCAUUAAGAACCAAAUUGGAGGCAGUAAAAGGCUCUUCCCCGAGACACAUCCUGGUUUCAAUUGACCUCAUAAUGUGUCAGUUUAGAUGAUUAGUUCUGAAUAUGACCAAUUUAUAUUUUAUCAUGUAUACAACGUUUAAUUUAUAAACACUGGCAUGGCUAUUCAAUCACUGGCAUGUUAUUAUUUUUUCCAUCAUUAGGCUAAAUAAUAUCCACCUCCUCCAAGAGUCAUAUUAAGGAUUUUAUCAAGGGUAAAAUAAAAUGAGUCAUCGUAUUUCUGACGACUCUCUAUAAAAGUGAACUAAUCAGUGAGCAACUUUCCUUUUUUCUGACUUGUUCUUGAGAAACAAAAUUCCGUCUCGAUGUCUGGACUUGAUAAAGCGAGCAGUGGUCCAAGGAGAGCGCGGGAGACAGGAUGUCCAUACUCCAUUCAGCGCAUUUGUUCUGGAUUGUUUCACGACAUUUACACUUGAGUCAGAAAUGAUUGAGACUGGAAUGUAAAUUAAAAUUAAGGACAUCGCGCAUAUUACCAAACAAAUCCAUCUCUCAGGUGCCACAGCGGGUUAAAUGUGCGUGCGUAAAAGGACAGAAAUUGUAGUGACCUCGUUGUCGACCUCUGCCAUUUGAUCAGUGUACAUAAAACCGUGAUGGGGAACAGGUGGUGUUGGGGGCGCCCUGUAACCGGUUGGUACACAUCUGCCAGGCUAUCUGCUCCCCCUUCUCGCUGUAUAUUCACACCUCCAGUAUAAUCCAGCCAGCAAACAGGAUGCGGUCCCGAAUGUGCCAGUCAGACGGAAAGAGGAUGGAGUGAGGGGGUUUCUGGGGAAGUAGGCCUACACAAAUGAAACAUGCGCUGUUGCGUUUAUGCACUUUCGGCUGUCUGUAUUCGACACCAUCAGCAAAUACACAGAGAAGAGGCAUGAUUGCGUCAUCAAAAGCACCAAUAUGUUCUCACAUAGGCCUAUAUAGCGUCUCUGUUUCUUUGAUCUGGUCCUAUUUUAGGCCUCGAGUGUGUCCUAUCUUCAGGGAGAACAUAUUGGACAACACUUUGACUAUAAAAGAGGCAUGGUGUCUGGUUUAUACACUGCUCAAACAAAUAAAGGGAACACUAAAAUAACACAUCCUAGGUCUGAAUGAAUGAAAUAUUCUUAUUAAAUACUUUUUUCUUUACAUAGUUGAAUGUGCUGACAACAAAAUCACACAAAAAUGAUCAAUGGAAAUCAAAUUUAUCAACCCAUGGAGGUCUGGAUUUGGAGUCAUACUCAAAAUUAAAGUGGAAAACCACACUACAGGCUGAUCCAACUUUGAUGUAAUGUCCUUAAAACAAGUCAAAAUGAGGCUCAGUAGUGUGUGUGGCCUCCACGUGCCUGUAUGACCUCCCUACAACGCCUGGGCAUGCUCCUGAUGAGGUGGCGGAUGGUCUCCUGAGGGAUCUCCUCCCAGACCUGGACAAAAGCAUCCGCCAACUCCUGGACAGUCUGUGGUGCAACGUGGCGUUGGUGGAUGGAGCGAGACAUGAUGUCCCAGAUGUGCUCAAUUGGAUUCAGGUCUGGGGAACGGGCGGGCCAGUCCAUAGCAUCAAUGCCAUCCUCUUGCAGGAACUGCUGACACACUCCAGCCACAUGAGGUCUAGCAUUGUCUUGCAUUAGGAAGAACCCAGGGCCAACCGCACCAGCAUAUAGUCUCACAAGGGGUCUGAGGAUCUCAUCUCGGUACCUAAUGGCAGUCAGGCUACCUCAGGCGAGCCCAUGUAGGGCUGUGCGGCCCCCCAAAGAAAUGCCACCCCACACCAUGACUGACCCACCGCCAAACCGGUCAUGCUGGAGGAUGUUGCAGGCAGCAGAACAUUCUCCACGGCGUCUCCAGACUCUGUCACGUCUGUCACAUGUGCUCAGUGUUAACCUGCUUUCAUCUGUGAAGAGCACAGGGCGCAAGUGGCGAAUUUGCCAAUCUUGGUGUUCUCUGGCAAAAGCCAAACGUCCUGCACCGUGCAGGACGUUUGGCAUUUGCCAGAGAACACCAAGUUGGGCUGUAAGCACAACCCCCACCUGUGGACGUCGGGCCCUCAUACCACCCUCAUGGAGUCUGUUUCUGACCGUUUGAGCAGACACAUGCACAUUUGUGGCCUGCUGGAGGUCAUUUUGCAGGGCUCUGGCAGUGCUCCUCCUUGCACAAAGGCGGAGGUAGUGGUCCUGCUGCUGGGUUGUUGCCCUCCUACGGCCUCCUCCACGUCUCCUGAUGUACUGGCCUGUCUCCUGGUAGCGCCUCCAUGCUCUGGACACUACGCUGACAGACACAGCAAACCUUCUUGCCACAGCUCGCAUUGAUGUGCCAUCCUGGAUGAGCUGCACUACCUGAGCCACUUGUGUGGGUUGUAGACUCCGUCUCAUGCUACCACUAGAGUGAAAGCACCGCCAGCAUUCAAAAGUGACCAAAACAUCAGCCAGGAAGCAUAGGAACUGAGAAGUGGUCUGUGGUCACCACCUGUAGAACCACUCCUUUAUUGGGGGUGUCUUGCUAAUUGCCUAUAAUUUCCAUCUGUUGUCUAUUCCAUUUGCACAACAGCAUGUGAAAUUUAUUGUCAAUCAGUGUUGCUUCCUAAGUGGACAGUUGGAUUUCACAGAAGUGUGAUUGACUUGGAGUUACAUUGUGUUGUUUAAGUGUUCCCUUUAUUUUUUUGAGCAGUGUAUUAGGUUGUCUUAUCGGAAUUGUAACCUUACUCACUCUUAUGAAACGCUGGUCACGGUUAAUCGAUUGUAAUAGAACGCAAUCAAUGUUUUUUGGCAUAUGACUUCAGACGCGUGCGCUCUCUUUCCUUUUCCCUCUCAUUUUCUCUCUCUCUCGCUCCUCUCUUCUUUAAAUGAAACCACAAGUCAAGGCUUAGGGGAACGACUGUAAACUCCUGGCUAAGCUACUUUCAUUCUUGAAGUGGGUGCGAGAAUGAGACUAAAUUUUUAAAAAUCGGCAGGUAAGGACAAACUCUACACAAGCUACCGAGGUGGAUUGACUCCACUUUUCAACCCUGAAUCGGUUACUUUUACAUAUACAAUAAUAGUAGUCUGUACAAUAUACCCAAUAAUAUGGCAACAUUAAAGAAUGUCUUACAACACCCAGAAUCUGUAAACCAAAUGUUGUAUUAUCUCAGGCAUGUCCACACACACACACACAUCAUUUUUGGAAUUAAGAAAAGUGCACCUACUGUGUAGCAAUCCAUGUGUGUAGGGAAAAAACACAAAAGCUCCCCUCGUUACUCUAAGUGUGACCCGCAUAAUAUAAAUGUGUGGUGUUAUCUCCAACAGACAAUUCGCUAGCCAGUCUAAUGAAUUGGUCGGUGCAGCAAUAAAUAAAAGCGGCGGUUAUCACUUCGUGAUGAAGUGCAAAUAGACCAUCAUCGAUUCCAUUUCACGGGUGCGCGAAGUUGACGGAGGAGAGGGGAACCCGCGUGUGAUUUCACUCACCUCAAUGGAAGUCUCUCACAGCCACAUAAUGUGACAUAUGCAUAAAAAUUGCACGUUGUCCUCACAUAUACAACUUUGCCAGCUCCAACAGUGCAGUAAUACCUAGCAAUACAAAACAAUACACACAAAUCCCAAAAUAAAUUAAAAGAAAGAAAUGAAGAAAUAACAGAACAAACAAUGUCAGGAAUAUAAAAUAUAAUGCACAUACAGAACCAGUCAAAUGUGUGGACACACCUACUCCAGUGUUUUCUUUAUUUUGACUAUUUUCUACAUUGUAGAAUAAUAGUGACGACAUCCAAACUAUGAAAUAACACAUGGAAUCAUGUAGUAACCAAAACAGUGUUAAACAAAUCAAAAUAUAUUUUUGACUGAUACUGUAUUUGUGUCUAUUAUAUGUACUUUCACCACCAAACUGGCAUGUCAGAUCUGUACUUUUUCAAUAAUGUUUAUUUGCUCUUCAAUUUCGGCUACAAUGUCUGUCUAUAGCAUAAACACAAGGGGACAAAAUAAGUCAGUUUUAUUCCAAUACUUUGACAGAUAUUUAGGGGUUCCCACAUUCACUUCUAUCUCCACCUACACUGGCGCUGGGGAACUAGCCAUAAAUACAAACGGGUGCAGAAAAUAGAAUGCAAUUUUAUUCAAAUAGCCUAAGACUAAUGCUGGCACAAUUACCAUAUAAUAAUGCAACCGACAAUUAUGAACAAUAACCAUGGAUCGGGGAUCCGAUCCAGCAACCUUUCGGUGGCCUAACACUCUAACCACUAGGCUACCUGCAGCCCCAAACACAAUUAUGAUGCAUUAGGCCUACAAACUCAACAAAAAAAAUCGACAAUAACCCUUACCCAAACUGUAAUAAUCGUCACAGCCCUACUAAGACUUUAGAAAACUUUAAUUUAGAUAUAGGCCUAUGCUUCGAGACAUCGUUGUCCUUUUCUUUUCAUAGUUGUUGUUUAUAGCACUUGUUAGAUCCAGGGUCACUCGGGCAGAAUAGGGGACGUGCUGGUUUCUUAUUGAAUGGGUUAGGUUAUCGCCAUUGAGCAUAUUGUAUCGUCAUGUUUAGCAUGUGGAUGGAUUGGGGAGGGUUUGGAGGCGAGGGGCUCGCGCCGUUUCCGGGGCGCGACAGACAAAGCUACAAUCAGUAAUAGAUAUAUGGUUCUUCUCUAAACAGCCUGAUUCACAGCCUGACACAGGCCAACUUUAUUUUGGUUGUUUUAUUAUUCGUUGGGGUAGUUUGAGACUUUGGGAAAGAAGGGCACACAAAGAGUGUGAACCUUUAGGCUACAAUGAGCAAAUUAAUGUCCAGAGUUUGAAAUUAGUUAUUAUGUGCCAUUAUUAUUUUGAUUAAUAUUAUCAUUACUGUAUUAUCAUCAUAUUUUGUCUGAUUGGGGGUGGUUGUCCUGUACUUGCACUCACUAAGGGAUCAUUACUGUUCCACAGAAUGACUGAUUGGCGAGACUCUUGCUGUGAACUUCAAUUCAAAUAAAUCUCCGUGCACACUUCACUGUAAACUUGACCCGCCGAGCGCUCGUGAUGCCUCCGUAGGGACCAUGCCUGAAGCCUCUUGCACGCCUUCUCGCACCUAUGGAAUAUGGAAGAGUGGAAAGCAUAUUGCUCAACUUAAAACAAAUCUAAAUCAAGUGUUUAUUGUAUGUAAUUUUCACUUUUAUAACAUCUAAGAGAACGUUUCCCUAAACAAAACAAUAAAGAAUGUGAGUCGAUAUUGUCGAUGACUUCAGACAUUCUUAUUCAAUGAGAACUGGAUGAAGGGCAGACAAAACCUACAUAGACGUCUAGAACAGUAGUCCUACACUAUCCAAAAACAGGAUUAUAUUGAGUUGUAACUUUAUAACGACAUAAGAGUACAAUCAAACCGUUGGCUUACAAAUAGGCUACACAAACAGAUGAAUGUUCAGGUAGGAAUGGUAGGUAUUUGAAGCUGAAGUUAAUAUGGCCAAAAUAAAUCAAGUGCUAAAUAAAAAAGGGCAUUCUGUGAUAGAGGAUCAACACAGAUUGAAAUACGUCGCCUGAGCUAUUCAAACUAUGUUCAUUUGUUUCUGUUAAGUCACUUAGGUCUGAACUCUAGAAGCAGUUGUAUAAAUACAGAACAGGCUGCACACACAGAAACCAACAUUCCUCCCUAUCCUACUGUAGGCUACAGCCCUGAAGAUUACACUUUCCUUCACUAGGUGUUCACAUUUGACAUGGAAUUAGGUUAGUGGUAUAGGCUCUAAGACCCCCGUUGACCCCCCCCCCCCCUCCUAACUCCACCCACUCCUUUCCUUCUCACCCCUCCCUGCCCGUGCCUGCUCCAAGUGUCCAGGGAAAGUAUAAAGUGGGAAGGGACCCGCACGGACGGGACAUAAGCUUCUGGGCUGGUACAGUCAUUGCCUCGGAGAACCUCCAACCUCUUUGGUCACUUUCUCUGCUUCUCUCUGUUGCAUAACUUGGGAGUCUUUAUUUCCGAAUAGGAAUAACUUCAAGACCAUCAACGAAUAGGCUGUCUUGUGACUUGAAUGCUGACCUAUUCCUGUCUAUUUAGAGAAGGUUUAUUACUGGAGUGACAACUGACCUUCACGUGAAAGCUUCUAAAAACGAAGGGAAGAAGUUUUUCAAGAACGAAAAGGGAAAGAGAAACCGGAGCCAGUUUUGGAUGCUACCCCUCGCCGGGAUGCAGACUCGCGGCGCGCUGAGUUCCUUAUUGUGCGUGAUGAGCUGCGCGUGGCUGCACUCUGGACUGGCCUCACGGCUGAAGUCUCCCGUUCUGCCCAUCCAUUCGGAGAGGGAACCUUUACCAUCCAAGGGCAUGUCAGGAUGUUCAUUCGGAGGAAGAUUUUAUUCUCUGGAGGACACUUGGCACCCUGACCUCGGGGAGCCGUUUGGAGUCAUGCACUGUGUCCAAUGUUACUGCGAGACACAAAGGGGUCGUAAGAGUAAGGUGUUGGGGAAGGUAAGCUGUAAGAACGUCAAGCAGGACUGUCCUGAGCCUAGCUGUGAUGACCCAGUGCUGCUACCUGGACAAUGCUGCAAGACCUGCCCCAAAGGCGAGGUGGACAGGAAGCAGGCGGAGGCGGUGUUUGAUGGCUUCGAGUACUUCCAGGAGAAGGAGAAAGAGGAUGACCUGCACAAGUCCUACAAUGACCGCUCAUACCUCAGCUCUGAGGACAUUUCCUCUGGGGAGAGCCGCACUGACUUUGUAGCAGUGUUGACGGGAGUGACAGGCUCCUGGUUACCCAGCUCCAGUGGUGUGGCCCGGGCACGCUUCUCUCUCACUAGAACCAGCCUGACCUUCUCCAUCACCUACCAGAGGAUCGGGCGACCAAGCAGGGUUGUCUUCCUUGAUUCAGAUGGAAACACUGCGUUUGAGUACAAGACCCCUAAGGGAGACUCAGACAUGAUCUGCGGGGUGUGGAAGAAUCUUCCCCAAUCCCACGUGCGACAGCUACAGGCAGAACAACUUCGGGUUUCUAUGACAACAGCUACCGGUAGACGGGAGCAGAUCGAAGGAAAGAUCAUCAAACACAGAGCACUGUUCGCAGAGACGUUCAGCUCCACUCUGACCUCAGAAAAAGAGCAUUCUGGGAUGGGAGGCAUCGCCAUGCUGACUCUGAGUGACACAGAGAACAACCUUCACUUCAUCCUCAUACUGCAGGGACUGAUACAACACAGACAGAGAGACUCCCCCCUGGUGCCCAUCCGGGUACGACUGCAGUACAGCCAACAUGUCCUGAGAGAGAUCCAUGCCAACGUCACCGCCUAUGACCCAGACUUUGCUGAGGUACUGACAGACCUGAACAGUCGGGAGCUCUUCUGGUUAUCAAGGGGCCAGCUGGUGAUCGCCGUGGAAACUGAGGGCCCGGAUCCCAGACACAUCUCCGGCUUCAUCACCGGCAGGAAGUCAUGUGACACCAUCCAGAGUGUCAUGUCCAGUGGUGAUGCAUUGACAGCAGGGAAGACAGGCGGUGUGGGAUCAGCAUUCUUUCAUCUCCAUGAUAACGGCACCCUGGACUACCAGGUCCAGAUAGCGGGGUUAUCCAGUGAAGUGGUGGGUCUGACCAUCGAGCUAAAGCCUCGGCGGCGCAGUAAGCGGUCCGUGCUGUAUGACCUAGCUCCAGAGUUCCACAGGCCCAGCGGGCGGGCGACGGGAAGCUGGAGUCGUCUGGAGGCGCGCCACAUCCACAUGCUGCUGCAGAACGAACUCUUCAUCAACGUGGCUACCGCACACAGCCAGGAGGGGGAGCUACGCGGACAGAUCAGAGGCCUGCUCUACAGCGGCCUGGAGGCACCCAGACAUGAGAUCCCUGUCCCUCUGGCAGGCCAGUUUGUGGCCCCUCCAGUCCUGACCAGUGCUGGGGGCCAUGCCUGGGUGUCUGUGGACGAGCGCUGUCACCUCCAUUAUGAGAUCGUGGUGGCAGGCCUCAGCAAAGCUGAUGACCUCACAGUCAGCGCCCACCUUCAUGGAUUUGCCGAAAUCGGAGAGCUUGGCGAGAGCAGCACCAAUCACAAGAGACUGCUGACAGGGUUCUACGGUUCUCAGGCCCAGGGUGUGUUGAAGGACAUCAGUGUAGAGUUGUUGCGUCAUCUGGACAGAGGGACAGCCUUCAUCCAGGUCAGCACCAAGGUCAACACCAGAGGAGAGAUACGUGGACAGGUCCAUGUGCCUAACAACUGUGAGUUUGGGACAAGGGGUGAGAUGGAGGUGGCGGAGUUUGAUGGCCUGUUUGUGCGUGAUCCUGAGGAACUAAAGAAAGACCCCCACACCUGUUUCUUUGAGAGUCAACACCACGCCCACGGCUCAUUCUGGACCCCCAACUACAACAACUGUUUCACCUGCAGCUGUCAGAAGCGCACAGUGAUCUGUGACCCGGUCAUCUGUCCAGUCCUCACCUGUUCUCGCACCAUCCAGCCUGAGGACAAGUGCUGCCCCGUGUGUCUCGAGAGGAAAGAGCCCAAGAACAUGAAGACUCCAGAGAGGCUAGACGAGCAUCCAGAAGGUUGUUACUUUGAGGGGGACCAGAAGAUGCAUGCUCCUGGGUCUACAUGGCAUCCAUUCGUCCCUCCAUUUGGCUACAUCAAGUGUGCCCUCUGCACCUGCAAGGGGGCGACAGGCGAGGUGCACUGUGAGAAGGUGACGUGUCCAGCCCUGACCUGCAGUCGUCCGGUACGCCGUAGCCCCUCAGACUGCUGUAAGGAAUGUCCGGAGGAAGACAACCCCCCCCUGGAGCACGCUGACAUGAUGCAGGCAGAUGGGACACGUCACUGCAAGUUUGGGAAGAACUUCUACCAGAACAGUGACAACUGGCACCCCCGUGUGCCCCUGAUGGGAGAGAUGAAGUGCAUCACCUGCUGGUGUGACCAUGGUGUGACUAAGUGUCAGAGGAAACAGUGUCCAGUCCUGACCUGUAGUAACAUCACCCGCCGGGAGGGCAUGUGCUGUUCUGAGUGCCAAGAUUCCAAAGAGGAAGAGGAGGAGCUGAUAAAAGUUCCGGAAAAGAAGAACAGCUGGAGCCACUGAGCUGAGAUCCCCUCUCCACCCGCAUCCCCCACUUCUACCUUCCCCCCACCACGCCCCCCUCCCCUCCUCUCUCUACCUAUCCCCUCAUGGGCAGACCUAGACCUGCACACUGGGUCAGCUAACACCCCCUAAAAUCAAGACCCCUAUAACCCUCCAGCCCCAACCCACAAACCCCCUGUCCACUCCCACCCCUUAGUCAGCCUCUGGAUUGUAACGAAGGAAGGAAAGACAGAGGAAAAGAAAGAGUAGUAUUGAGGUGUCAUGGAAGAGAAUGGAAAAAAGGGAACUAAAAGAGAUUAGAAGUGGACCAACCACAGCUGUUGCAGCAGUGUCUUUUGACUGGUUUCUCCUUUGAAAUUUGAAAUGUUUGUUUUGUUUUUAGUUCUUUGUUUCCUCGUGAUGCAUUUUGCCCACCCUUUCAAAAAUCACAUACAGUUACCCUUCAUAUUCGAAUGCCGGUACACAAGGUUUUUUGCUUAGUUGUUAAAAUGGAUGUGUUGGUGGUCUUUGCAUUGUUAGAUUGAUGUUAAUUGUAAAUGGUUUGUACUGAUUGAUUUCUGUGCGUGUACGUGUGCGCGUGUGCGUGUGUGGUAAAAAAUGCUUGCUAAACAGUGGCCAAACAUACAAGACAGUAAACUUACUUGGUGGCUAGAUGGAAACACACACAAAACAUUGUCAGCGAUGCUCAGUCUAUCUGAUAAACCAGCACCACCCAUACCCCCUGUCAUCUCAUCCAGUAAGCACCACACGUAUGUCCUGUCAUCCCAUCCAGUCAGCACCACACAUACCCCCUGUCAUCCCAUCCAGUCAGCACCACACAUACCCCCUGUCAUCCCAUCCAGUCAGCACCACACAUACCCCCUGUCACCCCAUCCAAUAAGCACCACACAUACCCCCUGUCAUCCCAUCCAGUCAGCACCACACAUACCCCCUGUCACCCCAUCCAAUAAGCACCACACAUACCCCCUGUCAUCCCAUCCAAUCAGCACCACACAUACCCC